UAAUAAGAAAAACAGACAUGAACAAAACUUGAAAGAACAAAGCCAAAAAUAUAAUGAGCAACGAACUGAACUUUUAGCCUGAACGAAGUUGAUUACUAAAAAGGCUUGGACAUGGAAGUGAACCCGACGAAGCUCGAUUACUAUGGCGACAUGUCUAAACUUCAAUCAAAAUCGACACUCAUUUCCGACUGCAAGGGUGAUGAUGGUAGACGUGCAUUGAUACUGGAGUCGACAAUAUUUCAUCCACAAGGGGGCGGUCAACCUUCUGACACUGGCGUCAUCACUGUCGCCGAUUCUGACUUCAAAUUCAUUGUUCAAGAUGUUCGAUCAAAGAGUGGGAUUGUUUUUCAUUAUGGGGUUGUUGAGAGCUCUGGUGGGGAUUUUGAAAUAUUGUUAGAGAAGGGGAAAGAAGUUGUUUUGUGUGUUGAUGAAUCAAGGCGCGUGCUGAAUUCGAGGCUGCACUCGGCUGGGCAUUUGCUGGACGCAUGCAUUCAAACUGUCGGAUUAGGGCAUUUGGAGCCAGGAAAAGGCUACCAUUUUCCCGAUGGGCCGUAUGUCGAAUAUAAAGGCUCAGUUCCACAAAAUGAAGUACAAAGCAAAGCAAAAGAACUGGAGUUAGAAGCUAAUGCAUUAAUAUCUAAAGGAGGGAAGGUUUUUGUUGCUGUAUUACCAUAUGAAGAAGCUUCUGAACUGUGUGGUGGUUGCCUUCCUGAUUACAUUCCCAAGGGAAGCACUCCUCGAAUUGUGAAGAUAGGGGAUAAACCUGGUUGUCCUUGUGGUGGUACACAUGUUUCUGAUAUUACAGAGAUUGUAAGCAUGAAGGUUUCUCAAAUUCGAACAAAGAAGGGAAUGACCAAAGUUUUCUAUACAGUUGGAGCCUAAUGCUUUAUUAGCCUUUCACUUCCAUUGAAGAAAACUAUUUUAUGAAUAUGAAGCCAUGCAUGCUCAAACCAAUUAGCCGUUUUAAAUGUUAUCAGAUAUGCGAUGAAGCAUUUCUGGGUCAUUAUAGUUGAUCUACUCAAAAACAGAUACACAUAAUUUGGAUAUGUCCAGAAAUAUGCCGACUUUUUGUUAUACUUAUGGGAUCUAUAAUGUAUGUGAAAUAUCAAAAUGCUUGUA